AUGUCAAGAACCAUUCCAAGAGUUGAGGAAUUUUUCUUUGAGUUCUUACGGGUUGAUGACACCUCUGGAUUGGGGCUUUUUAAUGUUUUAUUGGAUGCACUGCGGUCUCUUGGUUUGAACAUUGAUGAUGUGAGAGGCCAAGGUUAUGACAAUGGUUCGAACAUGAAGGGGAAACAUCAAGCUGUUACAUUCUUUGGUGUUAUACAACAGAUAUACUGUCUGUUUGCACGCUCUACUAAAAGGUGGAAAAUUUUGAAGGAUAAUGUUGAGAGGUUUACUGUCAAACCCUUGUCUGAUACUCGUUGGGAGAGUCGAGUAAAGAGUGUGCAGCCUAUCAGGUAUCAAACCCCGCAAAUAAUAUCAGCUUUGAAGGAACUAGAAAGAGUUGCUAAAGAUGAACAUGACUCCAAAACAGGUCCUCCCAACCCCCUUGUGCACCACAUAGGAGGCGAUAUCCUCGCCAUCGACGGUGCUAUAAAGUUGUGUUCCGACAUCCCCGCUCUCGCGCUAGCUGCAGUGAAAUUCCUAGAGAUCCGACCAGCUGACAUGAGGAGAUCCGACGACUAA